AGUUCACUGAGUUCCCACGAUGUGUUUGCAUUGGCGUUGGCUGAUCUGGGCAUUGGUCUGGCUCCAAGUGGCACUGGCCACCAAGUGGUAUGGCGGUGGAAUGGACUUCAAUGAUCCUUCCGCCUGGCUAGAUGACCACUUGCCAUGUGCACAGGAUUUGGUCGUUUUUCCGGAGUACUACCCAGCCCUGUUGCCCUUGCCCGAGGACAUAUCCAUUGAUGGCUUGGUUUUCCCCAGAGAAGGGGCGAUCCUCUUGGCAGAGGAAUCCACCAUUACCUUUGGAUCUGAUAAGCAGCCCUCCUGUGAGAGCGAGGAGAAGAAGGCCUAUUUAAAGCCACCGAAGUCUAGUAAAUGGUUCGACCCUGGCACCUGGACGGACAAAUCUAAGAAAUUUUCCACAUUCACGCCAGAGCUGGAGAGGAUUCCCUGUGAUGACGAGCAGGUCAUAAUCAAGGGGCACGGACCUUUGUCCUUUGACCUAGAAAACGUGCAGUAUCUGAGGCUGGGACAACUUAUUUUGGCUGGCUCAUCCAUUUCAAAAACGUACUUGGAGCAACUUAUCAGCAGAGAUCUGGGCCAAUUUCUCUUUUACAAUGCCGAGUACGUCCAGGUGGAGUACUACAGAGGAGAGCUGUGUGGCUGCCACAAGGACUUCGAGCGACUGCUGGAACCCGUUUGCCACAAUGUCCAGGAGCAGUGCGAGACGCCCCACUGCUUGUCUCCAGUUCGACCCUUGGGAUCGUGCUGCCUAAUCUGCGGGGCCAUUCUGUCCACGCCCACGUCCCACUGCACCGAGGGCACUAGAAAGGAGUUUGUGGCCCAGAUAAGUAACCUCAUCAGCCAGGAGAGCCUGAAGGAUCAGAUCGGCCUGCACGUGGAUUUUGUGGGCUCCCAGCAGUUUGGAAACUUCCUGCAGGCGGUAAUAACUGAUCGCCAUAAAUAUAGUGAACGGAGCUUGGAGUUUCUACAGCAGAACGAACACAAUUGGAACAAGACAGGAACAACGUUAAAAGUUUCUGGUCGACCCUAUAAUCCGAAUGUUAGCUUCUCCUCGAUUGUUCUCAUCCUUUUUUGCAUGGCACUGGUGGGUCUGGUUUCCGUGGUCAUUUUGGCGCACUUUAUGCCUGAGAACCCCUACCUGAACCGCAUACCACAGUGGAUCCACGACCCCCGUCGAUGGAGGUGGCGUCACUUGGGACUAAGACUACGCCGGAAUCUGCUGUUUAACCGCUUCGACAAUGUUGGUGCAGGGGGUGGCUCCAGUGAAGGAGGAGCUUCUGGUGUGGAUCGUCUGGGAAUUAUGGCUUACGACCCGGAAAGUGGCGAGGUGAGGGAGCGAGCCUUUGACAAUCCCAUGUUCGAGCAGAGAGGAGCUUUGGAGGAGGCUGCCAAGGAGUCGCAGGAGCAGGAAGAAAUCCCCAAAAUGGAGACUGGUGAUCUGGACGCCACAAGUGUGGUGGAUGAACAGGAGCUUACGGAAAUCAAUUUGGAAGUCUGCGGCGUGGACACCGACGAGGAGACCAUUUAAUUAAGGUUCUCAAAAAUGGAGCAUCACGUAUAAUCUGACGUUUAAAGAUUGUGUGUUCUAUACAGAUCAAUAGAUUCGUUAUGAUUACAUUAUAAAUGUUCCUUAGGGCAGAUGGCCCUGUAAUUAA